AUGAUCCGUUGUUUGGGGAACGUCUCAGAUACUAACCUGCUCGCCGGUGUGGCGGGAUAUCUUGCAGCCGACUUCUUCGACACCAAACACAACAUCGUUCUCGGGGCUAGUUGGGCCACCCACUCAAGAAUUGCGGGUCGUAAAACAUUUGUCAACUGGUAUCAGAGAAACUACGAGUUUGCCUGGUGUACUGGUCGUCUUGUCCGUGACCUCGCCUCUCCCGGAACUGACUAG